AUGACAGCUAAAAUAUUGCUUCAAGAAAUUUGGCGAUCCGGUGCUGAUUGGGACGAUCCACUGCCUCCUACUUUGUUAGACAUUUGGACGGCAUGGGCCAAAGACCUUUCAUUAAUUUCUUCCAUCACGAUUCCGCGCUGCUUCCGGUUACAAGAAAAACCCCUCUAUUUUGAGCUUCACGUUUUUUCUAACGCAUCUGAGCUCGCUUUCAGUGCGUGUGUCUACCUGCGAGCCAAAUACGCAAACGGAAGCUUCGGUCUCAAUCUUCUUCUCGCAAAAGCAAGAGUCUCCCCGUUACGCCAGUUGUCUAUUCCACGUUUGGAGCUACAAGGUGCAGUUCUUGGCGUCCGAUUAUGUGACUCAGCCAUCAAGGAGAUUGGACCCAUUGCAUCGCAAGUAAUCUAUUGGUGUGAUUCUCAAACGGUACUACAAUGGAUCCACUCAAAGUCAUGCAAAUAUCAUGCGUUCGUCGCUCACCGGAUUACCGAAAUUCUUGAUAGCAGUGCCGCUUCCCAGUGGCACCACGUCCCAGGCGAAAUGAAUCCAGCCGACGAUUGUUCCCGUGGUAUUCCCGCUACUCGUCUUAUAACUCAACACAGAUGUUUCCGCGGCCCAGACUUCCUUGCCUUACCACGAUCUUCAUGGCCUUCAACUGGUGUUAUCGUUGAGCCAUCAUCAGACAAUCCUGAGGUGUCACCGGUCAAAUGGGUCGGCCACAUUCAGGUCAUCAACGACCACCCCGUCUUCAACCUAAUCCCAAACUCAUCAAAUCUGCACAAGUUGAAGCGGAUCGUCGCAUGGCUACUCCGGCUCGUCAACAAUCGCCAAAUCUAUCCUAAUAAUCAACAAUGCGCUCCUUAUGUCAAAGCUCCUGAACUCCGUGAUUUUCUUCGCUAUAUAAUCCGCGUCGAUCAACGCCAUUUCUUCGACAACGAUAUCUUAUGUUUGAUCAAAGGACGGCCGGUCUCAACAGCGUCUUCACUAUCCAAUCUCACACCAUUCUUGGAUGCCCAAAGAGUUAUCCGGGUUGGUGGAAGGCUCCAGCACGCGUCUCUUCCGGAAGACACCAAACAUCCAAUUGUGUUGUCCUCCGACAGCCAACUUUCAAUAAUGGUCUGUUAG